AUGUGGAGACGAACCUACUUAAUCCUACUUUUGGUCCGUGUUUACUUUGCGCUGUCACCGAGCUACUUACAUCCCGAUGAAAAUUUUCAAGGUCCUGAAGUCUUUGCGGGUCGCAUCUUCGGAUAUCCCUCCAAACUGACCUGGGAAUUCACUACCAACAACCCUAUCCGCAGCGUCUUCCCAUUAUGGCCAACCUACGAGCUGCCCAUGGGCCUACUGAAAUGGUUCUACAUGGAAGCCGGAUUCGGCAACCCGCCACCACAAGUCGUCUACUAUGCUCUGCGCGCAGGCAUGUUCCUUCUGAGCUUUGUGUUGGAGGACUGGGCUGUGUAUGAGCUUGUACCUUCCCCGCGGCACCGGCGCGCAACAGUCGUACUAGUGGCUUCGUCAUAUGUCACCUGGACAUAUCAGACGCACACCUUUUCCAACUCCCUCGAGACACUCUUGGUGGCUUGGGGGUUGGUUCUGAUUCGGCGCAUUGUCGAAAACAAGAAACACUCGUCUUUCUUUUCGUGUACUGUGCUUUCAUUUAUCUCUGUUGUCGGCGUCUUCAAUCGCAUUACUUUCCCUGCUUUUCUUCUUUUCCCAGGUCUGCAAUUGCUGCCCGUUUUUAAGCGCAAGCCAGCAUCAUUGGCCGUAUUCGCUUCCUUCGGACUCAUCUGGGCCUCGAUAGCCAUCUUCGCCGAUACAUCCUUCUACCGCCCCUCCGCGUCACUGUUCAAUAAAAUCCGCCAUCCAACAAUCACCCCGCUAAACAACAUCCUAUACAACGCAAAAGCCGACAACCUAGCCAUUCAUGGCCUACACCCCCACCACCAACAUCUAAUAGCGAACCUCUUCCAGCUCCUAGGCCCGGCAUACGUCGUCAUGCUUCUCUCCCUCUUCAAAAGACCUUUAAUUCCCUCCUGGAUGCGGAACAUCCGCGCCCUCAGCGCCGUCUCGGCAACAGCCAUUCUCUCAAUAUUCCCACACCAAGAACCACGCUUCCUAGUCCCCUGCGUCCCCCUCCUCCUCAGCUGCGUCGGCAUGCACCGCUCAAAAGCCUUUCUAGCAACAUGGGUCAUCUUCAACGGCGCCAUGGGCUUCCUAAUGGGCAUCUACCAUCAAGGCGGCAUAGUCCCAACCCAACUAGCCUUGCGCUCGAUAAUAACCGCAAACACUCUAGCCCAGGGCAUAAAACCCCAGCCAGAUGCCUCGGUCUUCUGGUGGAAAACUUACUCCCCGCCAGAAUGGCUGCUGGGCACGAAUGCUACUUCGCAAGUCGAUACGUUCGAUCUAAUGGGUAUUCCAGGCUUGGAAAUGAUCCAACGUCUUAAUACUGCCGUCCCUUCUUGUCCUGAGUCUUCCCAAAUCUACCUGGUCGCGCCUACCUCCGCUACCUUCCUGGACACGUACACUGAACUCUCCUCACCCUCGGCUCCACACACGCCUAACCUGCAACUCUAUCGCUUGUGGUCUUAUCGCCAGCAUUUGAAUCUGGAUGAUCUAGAUUUUGGCGACGAUGGUGUCCUGAACACCCUGAAACGGGUCGUUGGGCGUCGUGGACUAGGUGUUUACUCUGUUCGUCGGGCUUGUAUAUAA